UCUGAAGAAGACCGGAAGAAUGUUCUCAGGCUCCAAGAUCUAGUGGACAAGCUGCAAAUGAAAGUGAAGUCCUACAAGAGACAAGCUGAGGAGGCUGAGGAGCUGUCCAAUGUCAACCUCUCCAAAUUCCGCAAGAUCCAGCACGAGCUGGAGGAAGCUGAGGAGCGGGCUGACAUUGCAGAGUCCCAGGUCAACAAGCUCCGAGCCAAGAGCCGGGAGUUUCACAGCAAGAAGAUAGAAGAGGAAGAGUGA